UUAAAAGUAUACUGUGCAAAUAUUUAUGCAUACAUUCACAUUAUACAUUGUUUUAACAGUUUUAUUGUCAUUAAAUAGCUUUGAUAUUAAUUAUAGUAACUAGUAAAUUAACUUUUGUUAAAUGUCUAUCAAAUUAUUGUGUAUAUCGGUGGUGUUCACCCUAUUUGCACAGUUAUGUCGUGCAAACCUGUGUCCCUGUGAGGACCAAACACUUUGCAAUCCAAUCGACUACAACGGAAAAGAGGUGUACGCAUUUGUGGGCCAAUCAAACCGUACGGAAUGGUCUCUAUUUGAUUGGAAACGGAUCACAACCGUAGCCCUGUUUGGAUGGCCAGAGUUNGGCCAAUCAAACCGUACGGAAUGGUCUCUAUUUGAUUGGAAACGGAUCACAACCGUAGCCCUGUUUGGAUGGUAUGACCCGGAGUUGAUGUGUUUUGCCCAUCAAAAUAAGGCCAGAGUUGUCGGAUUGGGUGUAAUUCCCAAAAAUGAUUUAACGGACUCCCAAAAGGUGGACAAAUGGAUCUCCGAUCAGAUAGUGUACGCAAAGGACAGGUUUUUGGACGGAAUUAAUAUCGACGUCGAGGACCGGUUCCACGCGGCUAUGCCUAAGUCACAGGUCACUUUCGAUAUACCCUGGAGUCCAUACAAUGUCAAUGGGACGGGUAUUGACGGCCGUAACUACAACUUCACAGCACUGGCCGACGCGUCGGACUUCCUAUUCAUUAUGGCUUACGACGAGAGAAGUCAAGUGUUUGACUCCGACUGUAUAGCGCAGGCUAACUCUGACCUCUUCUACACGGCUGGGGGUAUAAUGGCAUACCUGAAGCUGGGUAUCGACCCCAACAAACUGGUAUUAGGCCUACCCUGGUAUGGGUACGACUACACGUGCAUUAAGACUGGUCCCGAGCGUACGUGCUAUAUAAAGGAGGUGCCCUUCCGGGGGGUUAAGUGCAGUGAUGCGGCCGGAACACAGGUGCCGUACGUGGAGAUCAAGAAAUUGGUGGAUAUUUAUGGGGACUGGUAUGACGAGCACUCGGAGACUAGAUAUGCAUAUUUCAAUGACUCGACAAACACGACCCGUCAAAUCUGGUACGACGGCCCCGGUAGUCUGGGAGAGAAGGUUGGGUUCGCUACAUACAAAAACCUGAGGGGAGUGGGUGUUUGGAACGCCAAUAUGUUGGACUACUCGGGCACUCCGGAAAGUAAGACUAUGAUAUCCGACAUGUGGGGACAGUUCCCCGACUAUAGACAUAAUAAAACUCACAGUAAUUCAUAUGUGGAUCCAAAACAUCGAAAAUUGUAUGAAUCGCUCAAAAUCUCCAAUUAUGUCAAUAUUAUGAGGUUGGUGUUCAUCCUAUUUGCACAGUUAUGUCGGGCAAACCUGUGUCCCUGUGAGGACCAAACCCUUUGCAAUCCAAUCGACUACAACGGAAAAGAGGUGUACGUAUUUGUGGGCCAAUCAAACCGUACGGAAUGGUCUCUAUUUGAUUGGAAACGGAUCACAACCGUAGCCCUGUUUGGAUGGUAUGACCCGGAGUUGAUGUGUUUCGCCCAUCAAAAUAAGGCCAGAGUUGUCGGAUUGGGUGUAAUUCCCAAAAACGACUUAACGGACUCCCAAAAGGUGGACAAAUGGAUCUCCGAUCAGAUAGUGUACGCAAAGGACAGGUUUUUGGACGGAAUUAAUAUCGACGUCGAGUACGACAUAGAGAGUGGCAGUCCUUAUGUGGACGGGCUGUCGGAGUUUAUGGCCAUAUGCAGGGACCGGUUCCACGCGGCUAUGCCUAAGUCACAGGUGACCUUCGAUGUACCCUGGAGUCCAUACAAUGUCAAUGGGACGGGUAUCGACGGCCGUAACUACAACUUCACAGCACUGGCCGACGCGUCGGACUUCCUAUUCAUUAUGGCUUACGACGAGAGAAGUCAAGUGUUUGACUCCGACUGCACGGCUCAGGCCAACUCCGCCCUCUACGACACGGCUGGGGGUAUAAUGGCGUACCUGAAGUUGGGUAUCGACCCCAACAAACUGGUGUUGGGGUUGCCCUGGUAUGGGUACGACUACACGUGUGUCAAAACGGGUCCCGAGCGUACGUGCUAUAUAAAGGAGGUGCCCUUCCGUGGGGUUAAGUGCAGUGAUGCGGCGGGAAUUCAGGUGCCGUACGUGGAGAUCAUGAAAGUGGUGGACACCUAUGGGGACACGUGGGACGAGCACUCGAAGUCUAGGUUUGCGUAUUUCAAUGACACGACAAACACGACCCGUCAGCUCUGGUACGACAACCCCUACAGCCUGUCCCUGAAGGUUGGGUUCGCUAACUAUAAGCAGUUGCGAGGAGUGGGCGUCUGGACCGCCAAUAUGUUGGACUACUCGGGCUCUAAGGAAAGUCAGGCUAUGAUCUCACAGAUGUGGGGCCAGUUCCCCGACUAUAGACAUAAUAAAACCGAUAGUAAUUCAUAUGUGGAUCCAAAACAUCAAGAAUUGUAUGAAUCGCUCAAAAUCUCCAAUUGUGUUAAUAUUUUUGCGAUUUAA